AUGAACCACAAAAAGGACACUGAAGAUAGUAAACUAUUGAUGAAGAAAUUGAACAAAGAACCAGCAAGGAAGAAGAGAAAAGAACAGAAAAAGAACGAAGUGACAGAACUCAGCAAGAUGGGCAGACUGAGACCAGAAUGGGCAGGGUUGUCAGUGAGGUAUUCGCAACCAUGUUCACUUCUUGCUUCUGUCAAACUCAUCCAUAGUGUAGAACUCCAGCAGAAAUCCUUGAAUAAAGAUCAAUGUCCUGGAGAGAAGCCAGAGGAGCUGGAGUCAGGAGCCAUCUAUCACUGUCACAACAACUCCAAGGCCACAGAGAACAGAGCAAACGAGCAAGUCUAUGCCAAGUGGAAACUCUGUGCUGCUUCGGGAAUAUGCUUCGUUUUCAUGAUUACAGAGGUCGUGGGUGGGCACGUUGCUGGGAGUCUUGCUGUCAUCACAGACGCUGCCCAUCUCUUAAUUGACCUGACCAGUUUCCUGCUCAGUCUCUUCUCCUUGUGGUUGUCAUCGAAGCCCCCUUCGAAGCAGCUGACAUUUGGAUGGCACCGGGCAGAGAUCCUUGGUGCCCUGCUGUCCAUCUUGUGCGUCUGGGUGCUGACUGGGGUGCUGGUGUACCUGGCAUGUGAACGCCUGCUCUACCCUGAUUACCAGAUCCAGGCGACUGUGAUGAUCAUUGUUUCAGGCUGUGCUGUGGCAGCUAACAUUAUGCUAAGUGUGAUUCUGCACCAAAGACACUCCAACCACAAUCACAAAGACAUGCAAGCUAAUGCCAGUGUCAGAGCGGCUUUUGUGCACGCCCUUGGAGAUCUAUUGCAGAGCAUCAGUGUGUUAACCAGCGCACUUAUUAUCUACUUUAAGCCAGACUAUAAAAUGGCUGACCCAAUCUGCACAUUUGUCUUUUCCAUCCUGGUUCUGGCCAGCACCAUCACUGUCUUAAAGGACUUUUCCAUCUUACUCAUGGAAGGUGUGCCAAAGAACCUGAAUUACAAUGAUGUGAAAGAGCGCAUCUUAGCAGUGGAUGGAGUGGUGUCUGUGCACAGCUUGCACAUCUGGUCUCUAGCAAUGAACCAAGUGAUUCUCUCAGCUCAUGUUGCUGCAGUAGCCAGCCGUGACAGCCAGGUUGUUCGGAGAGAGAUUGUUAAAGUCCUCAGCAAUAGCUUUGCUCUGCACUCACUCACCAUUCAGAUGGAAUCUCCAGCUGACCAGGACCCCGACUGCUUUUUCUGUGAAGACCCCCGGGACUAGUUCAGUCACAACAUCGACUUCUCGCAUUUGACGGGCCACUAUAUGCUGCUCUGUGGUUUCCAGCACACAAGAAAUAAAGAACCAAAGGAAGAAGUUUGAGAAAUUCAUGACACUGUACAGUGCACCUUUUAUCCUUCUUUAUUUAGCUCCAUCCACCAUAGAUGAAAAUCCAUUUAGAUUCAUCAGCCAAUUGGAUUAGCAACUCAUCAGUAGCUGUGUUCAAUUACAGGAAUGUGUGUAUAGACUGUUCCUGACUGGGGCUGAAGUAACAGCUGUUUGUAGCCAGAGGCAAUAAAAAGUUCAUCUCCCUUCAAUAAUGUAUCCUGAGGAUGAGUGGGUAAAAUUGAACUCAGGAAAGUCUUAUUAGAGUCGGCACCUAGGAAUUCUCCCAAAACAUGAGAAGCAAAAGAAGAACAGCCAAGCCAGGUUAAAAGAGAUUCUGGAGACCUAACACCCACUAUAACUUGACUCUCUCCCCAUGUUAUAAUAUGAUUUUGAGCACUAUCUUUUUGCUCCAUAUCCACAUCACUAUUCACCAAAUGGGGUACAAAUAUCCUCUUUCCCUCUUGCUUACAAAUUAUGUUUUAAUAUGCUGAAACCAUUGAAUGAUAUUUUAUUUGUCUGUA